CGAUUCGGCAAGGCUUCAACUGAUGUGGAGGCUCUUCUCACCCGCCCACACUUCAGGCCACCUCUUCAAUCAGCAGCCACAUAGGACAGUGCCAUGGCACAACCGGCACAAGCCCCCAACACAAACAUGGACCCAAAUGCAUCAGAGACGAUCCCCCCGCUAACCAACGACGCGCCGGCCAUCUUCGUACCCAUCCGAGAUGAUAUUCUCAACUCGGAGCCGCCCCAAAACCGGAUCGAGCGCCUCAAGAGGAUCCUUGAGACCAUCGACUACCAGCGAGAAGGCGUCAAGGAAAACCUUAUGUGCAUGUAUGAGCGCGAGAAGAAGCGCAUCAUGCUCGAGGCAGCCAAGUUGGAGCAGGCCCAAGGGCCGCCCCGGAUCAGGCCGGGAGUGCCACCGAGCGAGCUGGAGCAGAUCAUCGCCAACAUGGAGACACCGGCCGAGCCCGGCAAGAACUACAACCUCCAGACGUAUCCGCCCGCCGCAGAGCCUGCCAAUCUGUCGCUUCGGGACAGGACCGUGGUAGAUAUUCUCAGAGUUGUCGAACGCGGACUAAGUGAUUUGGAAUCGUUCGAGGGAUUCAUGGCGGACAUCAAGAAUCAUUACCUUGGGCUUCUGGAGCGGGAAACGGCGAGGAUCGAGGAAGCUGGGAAACGACCAGAAGAGAGAUCGGGGUUCAGGAGCUUCUAGGGCACAAUUCCCGUCAUGACAAUGGGGUUCCCCCAACAAGUCUCAGCAGGAACAGACUCCCAGUCAUUUGGAGUCGAGGAAUGUGGCAACCGGCGGUAAGAGGCGUUGCUCAUCGAAUCGUAAGCUCUCACAUGCUUCCAUAAUCGGAGCCGAAAUAUCAAUCUAGAGCACAUGAUAGAGGAGGACUCGGUAGAAUCGCGAUGCAGCACCGGAGUGCCAGAUCGCCGACAAAUGCUCCUACAAUAAGUGCCCAAAAAAGUACAAU